AUGGGUGAUGAGAUUUCCGCGGAUGAAAGGACUGAGAUCGCUGCCAGCCUUGUUCUUUUAGCCCCACCAAAUCAGACAAAAGAGGUUGUCAGAGAUGUCAAGGUCCUUGUUGGCGAUAAUCCGCUUAUCGAAAAGAAAAUUCUCAAGGCCUUGUUAAUGUAUGCAAAAGAACAGACUGUCCAGGUGUCCCUUCCGGGAAGUUCAGUGAACUCGCUCGUUACUGAGCACGGGGAAUUGGGCAACGGGAGAUUCCUCUGCCCUCGGUCUCACAAAUCUUAUAAACUUGAUUUGUACUCGUAUUCCGUAGAUGACGUACGCCCCCUUGAUCCUGAUGAUGGUGAUGGUGGGAGUGUUGAAUUGGAGCCUUGGAGGGAAGCGAUCGAAGCGGCUCUAACAACCUAUAUGGGCAAAAAUUUCCCCAACGGCGCUGUUUCAGUAUUUGCUCCGGCAAAUCCAAAGAACCCCGAGCUCAUAGUCUAUAUUGAGUCAAGUUUUCAGAAGUCCCACAUAACGGGUCGCUGGAGAUCUCGGUGGAUAUUGACGGUGCCUGGAAGUAUUAAGGGUGCUUCCUGUCCUGUGUCUGGCGAAAUCAAAAUCCAGACUCAUAUGUUUGAAGAGGGCAAUGUCCAGCUGUUGUCUUCCAAGAAAUUCGAUUUUGAAGUUGUCGCGAAAUCACCAGUAUUCCUCGCAAACGAUCUGCGCGCGAAAAUUACAGAUUGCGACGCUGAUUAUCAGACAGCGAUGGGUAACAGCUUGGAUGCGAUGUCCUCGACCACCAUCAAAGCACUGCGCCGACCUCUACCGAUGACCCACUCGAAGGUGGACUGGAACAAAAUCGCCGUCUAUCAAGUGGGGAGCGAGCUCUCCCGCCCCACGUAA